GUUUGACACACUCCCCUAAUUUCUACAGUCGCACUUGCACUUCCUUAACCCUGUGCUCAGCUGACAUCACGCGUUUUAUUAUGCGUUGGGGAUCAGCAAGAGUAGGUCUAUGUGGACUUCACCGAAGGCUCACAUACAAGUUUUCCCCUCUGGCUAUUUUUUGUUCGCGCAACAUGUCUUCGACUGGAUUAGCACAAUCGAAAUGCCCAAUUUCGGUGCUGGGAUCGAUGGCGUUCGGGGGUCGUGCUGACGUGGAGACUAGCACAAACAUGGUGAAAGCCUACUUGUCGCGCGGACACAACGAGCUGGACACUGCCUUCAUGUACACCGAUGGAAAGGCAGAAACAAUCAUUGGGGAAAUGAAUCUCCCCAAAACGGUCAGAAUUGCCACGAAGGCCAACCCCUGGGAUGGGAAAACCCUAAAACCAGACAGUGUGCGCUCUCAGCUGGACACCUCCUUGAAGCGACUGCAUACUCAGUGCGUGGAUCUCUUCUAUCUCCAUGCUCCAGACCACCAGAACCCCAUCCAGGACACACUGCAAGCCUGCCAUGAACUCCACAAAGAGGGUAAAUACAAAGAGCUUGGCUUGUCAAAUUACGCUUCAUGGGAAGUGGCUGAAAUUGUUAACAUCUGCAAACAGAACAACUGGAUACGUCCAACAGUUUAUCAGGGAAUGUACAAUGCAACUACAAGACAAGUGGAGACAGAGCUACUACCAUGUCUGAGAUACUAUGGCAUCAGAUUCUAUGCAUACAACCCUCUAGCAGGAGGCCUCCUUACAGGGAAGUAUCAUUAUCAGGACAAAGAUGGCUCACAGCCAUCAGGACGCUUCUUUGGGAACAGUUGGGCUGGUGCUUACCGAGACAGGUACUGGAAGGAAAGCCAAUUUCAGGCAAUAGACCUUGUUCAGAAUUCCCUGGAGAUGGUGUAUGGCUCAGACAAACCCAGUAUGACAUCUGCUGCUCUACGCUGGAUGUACCAUCACUCUCACCUCAAGGGAGAUUUGGGUGAUGGUGUCAUCAUUGGAAUGUCCAGCAUGGAGCAGCUGCAGCAGAACCUGUCUGCCUCUGAGGAAGGGCCUCUGGAUGAACGGGUGGUGGAGGCCUUCAAACAGGCCUGGAACCUGGUGGCACAUAACUGCCCCAAUUAUUUCCGUUAAGAGGUCUCCUCAAAAACUCCCAUUUGUCGAGUGCCUACACUUAAUUGACUAUCUGGAGUCUAAUGUAGCUUUAUUACAAGUGAGACAGUUCAAUUCCAAUAUUAGAAUGUAUUAAUUGAAACAAGCUAGGAAAGGCACCCAUUAGAAUUUAUUCUGUAUAUUCUAAUUGUGAAUUCAAUGAAUUCUAGGGGGAUUUUUUUUCUUUUUUUGGAGGCUGUGUCUUCGACUUUAAUAAACUAGAUAACAAUGGGGACACAA